AUGCCCUCCGCAGGUGUGGAACAGCCUGUCAACAUGCAUAAUCAUUCCAAUGAUGAUCAUGAUAUCGUUGCCCAGGAGGCUGUGGCCGCAAAUAAGAAUGAACAGAGUAUGGGUCUUUUCAAAUCCCUCAAGCUCUACAGGAAAGCUUGUUUGUGGUCCAUCUUCCUAUCCACAUGUGUGAUUAUGGAGGGUUUUGAUGUCGUUCUCUUGAACGCUCUCUACGCCUAUCCACCCUUCCAGCGGGACUUUGGUGAGCGUCAACCAGAUGGCAGCUACCAGUUGGCAGCCGAUUGGCAAUCAGGCCUUUCUGGAGGCAACCAAGCAGGACAGAUCAUCGGGCUUCUCUUGACUGGAUUUAUUGCAGACCGUCUCGGUUACCGCAAAACCCUCAUUGGAGCUUUAGUGUUCUGCACUGGUUUCAUCUUCAUCGUCUUCUUCUCCAAGUCCCUCGUUAAGCUUCUUAUUGGAGAGAUCCUCAUUGCUAUUCCUUGGGGCGUUUUCCAAACCACGACUGCAACGUACGCCUCUGAGGUCUGCCCGACUCAUCUCCGCGCCUACCUCACAACCUACAUCAACGCCUGCUGGGUUCUGGGUCAGCUCAUUGCAUCCGGAGUGCUCCGAUCUAUGCUAUCGCGGGAUGACGUGUGGGGCUACAAGAUCCCGUUUGCUUUGCAGUGGAUGUGGCCUGUGCCUCUCAUAGUGGGCAUAUUCUUCGCUCCUGAAUCCCCUUGGUGGCUUGUUCGUCAUGAUCGUAUCGACGAAGCAAAGCGUUCACUUGAUCGACUCACCACAAAGCACGAGAAAAUAUCAUUCAACGCCAACGAAACAAUCUCGAUGAUUAUACAUACCAACAAGGCGGAGAAGGAUGCUCAGGAAGGGAUGUCGCACAUGGAUCUGUUCAGAGGCACCAACCUUCGGCGCACUGAAGUGGUCUGUGUGACAUGGAUGAUCCAAGCUGCGACUGGCUCUACCAUCACAUCAUACUCGACCUAUUUCUACCAGCAGGCCGGUAUGGCUGUCGAGAAUUCCUUCAAUAUGUCGCUUGGUCAGUAUGGCAUGGGCCUUCUUGGAACUAUUGCCGCCUGGUUUAUGAUGAAUUGGUUCGGGCGCCGAACUAUCUAUCUUUAUGGUCAAAUCAUUCUCGGAAUUGUUCUCCUCAUCAUCGGCUGUGUUGGUACAGUCGGCCGAGAGAAUGUUGCAGCCCAGUGGACAAUUGGUAGUCUGCUUAUCGUCCACACCUUUCUCUAUGACUGCACCGUGGGCCCAAUCUGUUAUUCGCUUGUGUCUGAAUUGUCCUCGACCCGCCUUCGGACGAAAUCAGUUGCCCUCGCACGGAACCUGUACAACUGCGUGUGCAUCGUCACCAGCGUUGUUACUCCCCGUAUGCUUAAUCCAACAGCUUGGAAUUGGGGUGCUAAGACAGGUUUCUUUUGGGCUGGCUCAUGUAUGCUGUGUGCAAUCUGGACUUACUUCCGACUUCCCGAGCCAAAGGGGCGGACAUAUCUCGAGCUUGAUCUUCUGUUUGAGCAAGGGGUCAGUGCCCGGAAGUUUUCAACCACUGUGCUGCACACUCUAGAUGGAACUGUGGACCAGAUCUCUGUUUUGGGAAAAGUUAAUAGUGGGCUUGAUGAAGAUAGGAAGAAUUAG